AUGACGACGCUCCAUGCAUUCACCUGCGAUGACCUUUUCCACUUCAAUAACGUCAACCUGGACCCACUGAUAGAGACCUACGGGAUACCCUUCUGCCUGCAGUACCUGGCCCACUGGCCCGAGUAUUUCAUUGUCGGUUACAUAAUGGGUAAAGCAGAAGGCUCUGUGGCUAGGGAAGAAUGGCAUGGACAUGUUACUGCUCCCUCUGUUGCGCCAGAGUGUCGACGGCUGGGUUUGGCCACUAAAUUUAUGGAACUACUGGAAGGAAUUUCAGAAAAAAAGGGUGGAUUUUUUGUUGAUCUCUUUGUGAGAGUAUCAAAUCAGGUUGCAGUAAAUAUGUAUAAGCAACUAGGCUACACUGUGUACCAGACGUAUUACUCUGCUAGCAGUGGAGAGACAGAUGAAGAUGCUUAUGAUAUGAGAAAAGCUCUUUCCAGAGAUACAGAGAAUAAAUCAAUUAUACCUCUGCCUCAUCCUGUGAGACCAGAAGACAUUGAGUAACUGUAAGCUGUGAUUCUCAGUCAACUUACUAAGAGUGUCAGGUUCCUUCUUCCCCUAGCCCCCAAGAACUUACAGAUGAGAAAUCUUAGGUUCAGUGUUUUUCCCCAUGAAAUACCAAAAAGCAAUAUUGAGAAGCUUACUAACACUGCUUCUAUUGGUAGUGGCUGCAUACUCUUGCACUUACCCUGUUAU